AUGAGUAUCCCAUCGAUUGAAACUGAUAAUAGAUCAUCAACUAUCAACGAUGAUAAUAUGAGUGUAAUAGUACAUGAUUUAUCUGAUACAACAGUAACUAGUCAUACAAAUUCUUCAUGGCAUUCAAUUGUAUCUGAUAUACAUAUAAAUAAUAAUCAAUUUGUUCGUUCACAUUCAAUAAAUACUUGGUUAAAAAUUUGUUUAAUUGAACCUGAUAUUCGAUUAACAACAGUUCAAGAAUGGAAAUUACGUACUUGUUUAAGACGUUUAUUUUCUAUAUGUAAUCUUCCUUUAAAAAUUUCUUGUAUAAAAAUAAAAGAAUCAAUUUUAAUCGAAAAUGAAAAUAAAUCAGUAUCAUUUAUUGAUCAGAAACAACAAUCAUUGUCAACGGUUGAUUCUUCAUUAAUAACGUUAAUCAUUCAUCCACAACAACAUCAAGGUCAAAUAUUAGAACAAUUAGGUUUAUAUUUACGUAUUUUAUCAAUUACAGAUAUAAAUAAUGAAUUAUUAGAAGUUAAAUUAUUUGAAUUUUAUUCUAAAAAAUUACAAAAUUCAACUAUUAUUCAUAUUCCACUUAUUAAAACACCUAAAUUUAUAUAUUAUAUUUCAUUAAAUAUACUUAAAUUAAAUUUAAGAAGUAAAAAUUCAUUACUUGAAUUACAAUUUUCAACAAAAGAAAAUGAAUCAAUUCAAGGUUAUUAUUAUAAAUGGAAUGAAAUUAAUAAUGAAAUUAUUAAAUUUAAUAUUAAUAUUGAUAUUGAUCAUACUCUAAUCAAUCAAUUUAAUAUUGUAUAA